GACCAUGAAGAGAGAUAGAGAUGAUUUUGAAGAUGAUGAGAAGCCUCAAAUUGGGUCAAGUAGUAGAACCCCCUAUACAAUUAGUCCUGACACUACCACAUCAUCAUACCCUAAAUCAACCACCAAUCAAAAUCCCUACGCUUCGAAAAACAACAACAACAACAACAAUAACAAAGAGCAGGACCGUUUCCUCCCCAUAGCGAAUGUGGGGAGGAUCAUGAAGAAGGUGAUCCCGGGCAAUGGGAAGAUCUCCAAGGACGCUAAGGAGACGGUCCAAGAGUGUGUGUCGGAAUUCAUCAGCUUCGUCACGGGAGAGGCCUCCGACAAAUGCCAACGAGAGAAGCGGAAGACGAUCAAUGGGGACGACAUCCUUUGGGCCAUCACAACCCUAGGCUUCGAAGAUUAUGUGAAUCCACUCAAGAUAUAUUUGGCAAAGUAUAGAGAUAUUGAAGGGGAGAAACUCAACGUACCAAAGCAACAACCUCUUGAACAACAACAACAACAGCAACAACAGCAACAACAGCAGCAGCAGCAGCAGCAACAACAACAACAACAACAACAACAACAACAACGCAUGCAUCACGACCAAAACUCACCAAAUAUUCCAUACAAUAGUGUGUAUUCCACCGCGAAUCUCAUCACGCAGCCACCCUUCGUCUCGGGUGAUCCGCCCUUUCCCUUGCCUUUCUCUCAGAGCUCUAUUCAGACAGGGUCGUUGCCUCAGCAUGAUCAUGUUGAAGAUCAUUGGUAAAUCGAUUUUUUUUUAAUUUUUUUUAAAUGUUUGAUUUUUUUUCUCUCAUUGAUUUGGAGUGAGGAGAAAAGUUUUGAUUGUAUAUGGUAUAUAGAGUGCAAUAGUUGAUUUAGAAAAUUAUAGAAACCAAUUUAUUUGGAGUUACCAACUCUUUUUAGUAGUGUCUGAUUUUUUAAAAAAUUA